AUAAAAGACACACAGCAUACACACACACACACACAGACACAUUCGAGACUAACUUGAAAUUAAUGUCAAAAUUGUAGAAAAACAAUUGUGUGGGUCUUUUUUGUUGUUGUUUUUGGCGAAUGGGUAUGGCAUCUCCUGGACGGCAGGACAAUGUGCAACAUGAACCGCAGCUGACUGAGGCUCAGGCCUCGAAGCAUUCGCUUUAUAUAUACAAUCCUUAUGAGAAACGUACCAUCGAAGUGCCAUUGACUAACUUUGAUGCUUUCGUUUCGCUGCUUAAAUGUGUAAUUGGUACUGGAAUAUUGGCCAUGCCAUUGGCAUAUCGUAAUGCGGGAAUCGCUGUGGGUACCGUCAUGUCCAUAUUGCUAAUGAUCCUGCUGACCUAUUCCAUACAUUUGCUGAUCUCUGGCAUGACGGAAUGUUGCCGACGUCGUAAAGUUCCUCAGGUCUCGAUGCCAGAAGCCGUUCAAAUUGCCUACGAAGUGGGUCCAAAUUGUGUACGUUGCUUUGGCUAUGUCGCUGGUCUGUUUACUAGUUGUAUUCUGGUAAUUGGGCAAUUUGGUUUAUGUACCAUUUAUUUGGUAUUUGUGGCUAAGAAUUUUAAGGAAAUCGGUGAUCAUUAUUGGCAGGAUUUUAAUGAACGCUAUUAUGUGCUUGUGGCUUGCAUUUUAUUAUUGCCCAUCUUUAUGAUAAGACGUUUAAAGUAUUUGGUCCCCUUGAAUUUGGCCUCGAAUUGUCUACUCUAUGUGGGUUUCGCAGUCAUUAUGUAUUAUCUCUUUCGUGGCUUACCCGAUCCGAGUACAAGACAUCUAGCCAAAGAGCCAGAGAAUUGGAUUAUAUUCUUUGGCAUAGCUGCCUUCUCCCUGACAGCCGUGGGAUCGAUGAUUGUGGUGGAGGCCAAUAUGGCUCAACCACAGAGCUAUUUGGGCUUUUGUGGUGUCCUCAAUUUGGCUGUAUUCUUCAUAUUGCUAUCGAAUACCUUUUUCGGCAUCAUGGGCUAUUGGCGUUAUGGUGAUAGAGUCGAGGCCAGCAUUACCCUCAAUAUACCCAGAAAUGAAAUACUCUCACAGUUUGUAAAAAUUGUGAUUGCAUUGGGAAUAUUUCUGAGUUAUCCGCUAAAUGGCUUUGUAGUCAUGACUGUGAUCUUUAGUGAUUAUGCAUCUGGCACAGAACACAGUAAAUGUCAUCAUCUCUGCGAGUACAUAGUGCGCAUUUGCUUUUUGGGUCUAACAGGUCUGGUGGCUAUUGGUGUACCCAAUUUGGCGGCCUUAACCGAACUGGAGGGGGCCUUCUCUUUGAGUAAUCUGAAUUUACUAUGUCCGGCCCUCAUUGAUUUGUUUCUCAAUUAUAGCACUGGCUAUGGCAAAUUCAAAUGGAAAUUGAUACGCGAUAUAGUGUUAAUAGUGAUUGGCAUUAUAUUUGGAACCGUCGGCUGCGGUGUGGCCGUAAAGCAGCUAAUUGAUGACUUUAGGCAGACAAUAAAGGAUAUUUAAACGAA